ACCACUCUCUUUCUUGUUUGUGUGGAGUGUUUCCUUGAAACAGACAUUGAUACUUCAUAAAACAAUGCUAUGCUACGUUUUGGUCCAUUGCGCAAUGCAAUUCUUUCUCUUUCAAAGAACCACCAAACCUUCAAACAAUGGAAACAACAAAUUCAAUCCAUCAUAAUCACUUCUUCUACCUAUUCAUUCCAAGACGCCAUUUUCCUCACCAAACUCAUCCAAUCCGCACCCUUCUCUCAACCACAAACUUCCUCUCUUCAUCUUCUCCUCAACACCAUUCACACUCCCAACACUCGUCUCUUCAAUAAACUCAUCACAUCUUUCUCUACCACCUCCCACCCUCAAACACCACUUUUCUGUUAUGCAAAAAUGCGACAAAUGGGUGUUGAACCGGAUAAACACACUUUCCCUUUACUUCUUAAGAUGUUUUCAAAGUCUGGUGUCGUUCAUGACCCUUUUAUGGUUUAUGCUCAAAUUUUGAAAUUUGGUUUUGAUUUUGAUUGUUUUGUUGGUAAUGCUUUGAUUUCGGCUUUUGGGUAUUGUGGGUUUAUGAAAAGUGCGUGCCGGGUGUUUGAUGAAAGUCCUGAAAAGGAUAUUGUUGCUUGGACUUCUUUGAUUAAUGGGUAUGUUAGAAAUGAACUUGCUGGUGAGGCACUUAAGUGUUUUGUGGAGAUGAGAUUGAAGGGUGCAUUGAUUGAUGGUGUUACUGUUGCUAGUGUUUUACGUGCUGCUGCGAUGGUGGGUGAUGUUUGUUUUGGAAAGUGUGUUCAUGGGUUUUAUGUGGAAACUGGGAGAGUGGUUUUGGAUGGUUCUGUUUAUUGUGCUCUUGUGGAUAUGUACUUCAAGUGUGGUCAUUGUGAAGAUGCUUGCAAAGUGUUUGAUGAAAUGGCUUACAGAGAUGUGGUUUCUUGGACUGUGCUUGUGGCUGGUUUUGUGCAAUGUAACAAGUACCAAGAUGCACUUUGUGUCUUCCAGAGUAUGUUGUUAGAUGAUGUUAUGCCAAAUGAAUUUACACUGACUAGUGUUCUUAGUGCCUGUGCUCACGCAGGGGCAUUGGACCAAGGAAGGUUGGUGCAUCGAUACAUACAGUGUAACAAGGUUAAUCUGAAUGCAGUGCUAGGGACGGCAUUGGUAGAUAUGUAUGCAAAAUGUGGGUGCAUCAAUGAAGCUUUAAGGGUAUUUGAAAACUUGCAAGUCAAAAAUGUGCAUACUUGGACGGCAAUGAUUAAUGGGUUGGCUGUGCACGGGGACGCCUUAGGAGCAAUGAAUGUCUUUUCACGCAUGUUGGAAGGUGGUAUUCAACCUAAUGAAGUCACCUUCCUCGGUGUCCUUGGUGCAUGUUCUCAUGGAGGUUUUGUAGAUGAGGGGAAAAGGGUAUUUGAAUUGAUGAGACAUACUUAUCAUUUGAAGCCAAACAUGGAACAUUAUGGAUGUAUGGUUGAUCUCCUUGGUCGAGCAGGAUAUUUGGAAGAUGCAAAACAAAUUAUUGAUAAUAUGCCAAUGAAGCCUAGCCCUGGUAUCUUGGUAGCUUUAUUAGGUGCCUGCGUGAGCCACAAAGAUUUCGUAAUGGGUAAACAUAUAGGGAACAUUUUGAUUAAUCUACAGCCAGACCACAACACUGGAUAUGCACUCCUGGCAAAUUUGUAUUCAAUGUGUCAAAACUGGGAAGCAGCAGCUCAGGUCAGGAAGCUCAUGAAAGGAAUGCAGGUUGAAAAGACUCCAGGAUAUAGUUGGAUAGAAGUGGCCGGCUCAAUUCAUGAGUUUAAAGCAUUUGAUCAUUCACAUAGCGAAUUAUUUGGUGUUUAUUUGAUUUUGGAGAAUUUAAGAUUGCAACUGAAACUGGUCAAUCAAGCUCAAUGGAACGAAGGCUUUGACCUUGCAUCCAUGACUGAUGUGGGUUGAGACUUGAGAAGACUACAAUGCAUGUAGAGAUUUAAUAUUACAACUCUCAGUGCGUGAUUGGGGUGGCUGUGAAAGAGCAAUUAUUUCAAUAAAUGAUUGGAUGGGAGACGGUUAAGCAUGUAGAUGGGAUGAUGAACUAACAAGGUUGGUUAAUUUGCUCCUUGGAUGAUAAAGAAAAAUACCAGUUCAUCUCUCAGUCAACUGAAUUUCUGAAUACCAGUUCAACAGUUUGAUCAAUAAAAAUAUUAAAAAAAAAUACCAUGCAAAACUGCAAAUCAGCCAGGAUUUCUAAUUAGCCCAACCAUGGAUCUUGGCAACCAGAUUUCAUGUUAAGAUAUUACAAGUAGUAUUCCUGUAGUUCACAUUCUAGUCACUGAGUAGCCAGGUCAUCCAUUAUGCAAUUUUUGUUGCAGCUUUGUGUACUUGGUUUGGUGUCAUUUGACCAAUCUCAAUUUUUCAGGUGCUAUACCUGCUAAAUAGAUUGAUCGAUUGAAGAGCAUUCCCAUAUUGAUUUAUAGAUAAUAACAAUGCGUUAUAUAUGCAUUAUAUAGUUUACCGUGUGAGCCGUCCACCCACUGCUUAUCUCUCUAUCGCGUCAUCGCUAAUUCACCUUGGAACAUGUCCGGACUUAAAGAGGGUUAUUUUUUAGCAGCACUUACACCCUGCAGGUACUAACAUCCAACAGAGUUUAUCAAAGAUGGCAUUGUGGUUGAUGGUUAGAAAUUUCUCAAUGUUUUCUGAAAUAUGGGGCAAUUAAUUUAUUUAUUUCUAACUACUAACUACAUUCUUAUGGUUUGGAAGACUUAAAUCAGAUUGCGGAAGCCCCAACCUCAUCACUCGUCCCGACCUCAUCACUCGUCUGUAAUAGAUUAUACUUCUUUCCUUUUCAUGUUUAAACUCAGGCUUGAAGUGGCAAAGCAAUUGAGUGAUGCUUCUUCUAAGUUUGCAUUUGAAUCUUUAUCAUUGUCUAAACUUCGAGAUCGGAUGUAAGCAUGUAGUCAUGAGUUCAAUUAUAUAGAUCGUAAUCUCUGCCGUUGUUGUGGAGGAUACCCUAGACAGAAAAAAAUUAAAUAAGUAUAGAUCAAGCAAAAAUUUGGAUAGUUUAUUUCAUUAUUAUGUAAUGGUUGUUUUGUAGUAUUCAAUAGUUAUUAAUUAAAAUCCUGUCAAAAAAUAGUUAUUAAUUAAAAGAAAAAAGGGUGCACCCCUGGGUUUUUUCAACUA